GUGCGUUUAGGCGAGGACGAUCUCUCGUGGCUGUAGUCCAGUCAAGCUUUGGGUGUGCAGACAGAAGGAUGGUUGACGGUGUCUAGUGUUGAUAAAUUAAUUUUAAAAUAAAAUUACAUAAUAAUUGUCACAAAUUAUCAUCACUUGGAUCAAGCAAUAUAUUAAGUAAUAUUUUAUGCAAUAUAUUAUUAAGUAUUAUUUAGUUUUCGUGUGUAUUUAUAACGAUUUUUAGAAAAAAAAAAAAGAAAUCAAGAUUGACGUGAUCGAGUGAACUUAAAAGAAACAACAUUCGACUCAAAGUGAUUGAUCGAAUAUCUAGUAGAGAACGCAUAAAUUAACGACUUGAAAUAAAAGUGUUGGAAUAAAAGAGAAAAAAAAUAGUGGAAUAAAUUUAAGGGUGUUUUCCUUUAUCAGUUAACAGGUAAUUAAGUGUCAAUUAGUGCUAAAAAGUGAGAAUUGACGUCCGUUAAGUGUCACAUUUUGAGUGGAGUGAAAUUAAAAAUUGUAAUUUAUUUUUAAUUGAAACGAGAAAAUUGAAUCCUGGAUUUUGCAAUCAAGGAAGAAGGAAUACGACGUGAUAGAAUAUCUGUCACAGUAAACAACAAACAAUUUCCGCUUUCUUACGUAUGAAGGUCCCAUGGCUACCGGAUUGGUGAAGUGGUGGCGAGCAAGAUUCCUCGCAGGCUAUAAGCCUUUUUCUGUUGUUGGUGGUAUAGCAGAAGGAAGUGAUUCUGAAGAAUUAUUGACAGCAGGCGUUGCAACGCCUUGCAAUAGUUCUCCUUUACCAUCAGCGACGUCACCUCUUGUACCGGAAACACCACCGAUAACAGUCCACAACUCUGUUUCUUCGUCAACUGCACCAACAAAUCAUGUUGAUGAACAACCGCCUGUUUCCAAUACAAGACAACUCAGUUUUGAGGAAUUCGAAUGUGAUGUCUCGGUGGCAGAGGGUAACAGACGUAGACAAGAAUUUUCUUUUACUCUCUAUGAUUUCGAUGGACACGGGAAGAUAACAAAGGAUGACAUCGCCGGCUUGGUGACUACUAUUUAUGAUACCCUUGGUGCCUCGAUUCAAGUUCCUCCCUGCGGUAGCAAAACAAUCAAAGUCAAGCUCACCGUGUCGCCGGACAAAAGUAUCGGACAGGGUGGAUCUCCUGCUGGUACAAAAUCCUCCAAUCUCCCCUCAAAUGUCGGCGCAAAUACGUCAUGCUGUCAUGUCAAACCCGUCAACUCAUGCAGUCACGCGACACACGCAAGUCGGAGGGUUCCUAGAAGGCGAAGGGUCGUACGAAAUCGGACAGAAACUGAACGAGUAAUAGAAUCUCAUAGUGAAGAUGAUGGAGACAAUGUUCCAGUUAGUCAACUAAAACAAGAAGAAUUACGAAGAAGAGUAGGACCAGUACCUCAUUUACCAUCACCUUAUUCAAAUAGCUCAGAAGGAGACAUCAGUGAUGAUAGUGAAAUUUCUCCGACAAUAACACCUCUCACUCCACUAGUAUCAAACCAUCGCAAGCGAAGUGGGUCAAUGCAACGACAACAGUUGCUAGAAAUCAUUCAAGCGAAUAUGGAGAAGAAUAACCUCAGUUUCCAUGCAUCUAGGAAACGACAUCAAAGUGAACACCUCCGCGUUCCUCUUCAACGUUGCUAUGCUGAACCAGUGAGCCCCUAUGUUCAAAGGAGUAGACCACCAUCUGCGAGUCGUCAACCUCCAGCCUAUCACAAACCGGUUCGGGAGUAUUCUCAUCAUGCCACGUCUCUUUCUAAACUACCUGCCAAAGGUCGAAGAAAUCAGCGCAAAACACGAAAUCAUACAUCAAAUCAGUGCAACGUUGACACUACGCCCACCAUCAAGCAACUUCGUAAUAAUCUUCAAACGACUCCGGUUACUCCGAAUACCUUGAACAUUGACUCAACUCAGAAUAACCAGAAUAUUAAUAAUACUCAUCUAAAUAAUGAUAUGAAACGUAAUGAAGCACAAUUUCAGUCACAAUCUGCGAGUAAAGCCAGUAAAAAACACCAGUUAAAACAUGCCACUAGAGAACAAGAUCAAGCCAGAGCUAUGGAGCAAGUAGUUCGUUGGCUAGAGAGAGAAUUUUCGCAAAACACUGUUGCUAAUACUGCUGCUGGUCGACGUCAUGUUCAUGAGCACAUUCACCAUCACUAUCAUCAUUAUGCUGAAGCAUUAGUUUAGAAAAUUUAUACUCCAGUAGAAUUUAAUUUUAUUGGGUUGAUGCAAAUAGCCUUGAAUACCAACUUACUAAAUAAUUCCAACAAAUAUAUAUUGGCAACUAGAAAAUGUGUUUUAUUCAUCUGAAAUUUUAAUGAAUGGGAACAUAAUAGAGAAUUGGUUACUAAAAAGCAUUUAAUUUAUUAUUGCAUCAACUCAAUCAAAUUUACCUUAUCAACAGACUGAAGAUUAAAGGCCUACUUAUAAUUAUCAUGAUAUAAAAAUUAUCUAAUUAUGUUUGUAAAAAUUUUUUUUCGUUUUACAAUACUGGGUAUUGUAUAUUUGAUCGUGAUUCAGAAAUUUUUUUUUAGAUAAAAAUUAUUAUUGUGAAAAAAAAUGUAUUUUGAGAAGAAAUUAGUCUGCAAGGCCAAACAAUGGCAAUUAUUUUUUUGAUGAUCAUGUGUUGAAAUGACAGAUUAUUUCUGCUUCGACUGAACAUUAAGAAAAUAUUUUUUGAUUAGUCUCAAAACAGAGUAUUAAUAAAUAUAUUUAGUAAUAAAGUAAACUAUAAUAAUGGUAAUUAUGAUAAAUAAAUUGUGAAAAUGAUGAAAGAUAAUAAUAAAUGAAGAGAUAUGAUAAAUUAGUCCUGGCUAAUUUGUCAAAAAAAAACCAGGGUAUGUAAUUUUAUAUUGGACUUUGUAAUCGCUGUAGAUAUUUUGUGUAUGUUCAAUUUUUUUCUAUUGAUAUUUAUUAAAACACUUUUUUAUACUA